GGGUUUACAGGCUCUAGAACAUCCUUCCCUUUGGAACAUGGUUUGAACCCCAGUCUUGUAAAUCUUGCUGUUUCUGUGCUGUCACCCCAUAGCUGGGACGUUCCUGGCCAAAAUAUGGGUUCACCUCCCAAGUCCACAUAUGUGGCCACUGUUUUUUAUUACUGUAUUUAGUUACUGUAAAGUGGUUCUGCUCAUCUAAAAGCAACUCAGCAACCACACUUGACUUGUCUGAAAGGCAGUUCGUGUGGUUUUAAAAUCAUAAUUCCUAUAUGUAUGGUAUAUACAGGGGCAGCUUACUGAUUGUUUCCUCAUGUGCAGUGUGCCUUUUGUAGAAAUCAGAUAGGCUACAUGGGUGGUUUUUGUUGUUUCCCCCCUUAGUUUUUCUUCUGAUUUUAUCAGUAUUUGGUAUGAAGCUUACAAAAAGUCCAAGCAGCCUUGUAGCUUUAUUGCAAAAAGUUUGCUCUUCUGUGGCUAGUUGGUGACAGUUCCUUAUUUCAAAUUAUUGGUAAACUGUUAGUGAAGCUAUUUGGGUAAGACAUUGCAGAAAUGGUAGCAGCUGACCGCUGUGAUCAGUUAGGUGCUUGCAACUUAAUUUCUCCGGGGAAUGUUUUUGCUGCACUAUUUGUGUAAAUUUUGAUGGUAGAUGGAAUAACAGCUAGGUUGGUCUGACAUAAAGAUGUCUUCUACACAAGAUAAAUAUGAACAAAUUAAAUUAUUCAAUUCUAAAUGCAUGGUAAAAAAAAAAGUUGUACUUUAUCUUGGGUUUGGGUGUCUUAAAAAGACUAGCUUGUGGUGCUGUUUGUAUUGAUAAUACCAAAUUGUAAAAUAGAGAUACCAUCUUUCUUAAGAGAAGGUGAAGAUACUUGCUUACCUUCAUCUUUGCUUUCAAGCAGAGGUUUUGCACAGCUCUGCAUAGGCCUUCCGUCAGGCUGUGUGCUUUGCUACCUCUUCUGCCUUCUCUCCUGUGCAAAGAGGCAGUCUUACUUGCUCUUCCCUUUCUUGGGCUUCACCAUGUUCUGCUCUGCCUGGAAGGACACUUCUCCCCUUAAAUAUCUUCUCUGAAAGCUCUUCUGACAAACCCUCUAUAGCCUACUUUGCAAAGGCUCCUUGAUGUUUUGUUUGCUCCAUAGCAAAGGACUCUUGGCAGGUCUGUCAUGUUUGAUCACAGGAGCCUCACUGAGGGGCUGCUGACGGUGAUACCUGUUAAUCCUUGAACACCUCAUGACUCAAAGAGCAGGCUUUCUUCAAGGUGAUAGAUUUUGUCCGUAAGUUGCAUUGUGUAAAUGUUCUAAGCACAAGGGAUGCCACCAGCUGAUACACCGGGGCUUGCUCCUGUGCUGGCAUCUCACUGUGCCCUUCAAACCCUGGACACCCAUCUUGUUCUUGAGAUACUAUCUCAAAGGUAUUGCCUGUCUCUCUUGUUUAAUUCUGUCCCACAGCAAUUUUCUGCAACUGUUAAUUUCUCCAAACUGUUGUAUAAUCUUGGUCAGUCAGACCCACAGUAUGCCAGCCUUUUCAUGAGCUGUCUUGAAGAUAUUUUCAGUAGGCUGUGCAACUGUAUUGUUGUUGUACCAAAGAAAACAGUCUUUGCCAUUUGGAAACCUGAACUGUUCUUUCACACUUAAAAAAAUAACAAAGUAAAAUAAAACCCACCACAGAUUCAAUAACCACAUCAAACUGUGUACAGAAUACUCCUAUAAAUAUUUUCUAAAAACCGUGAUCAUCACUGGAAAUAGUAACUUGCAAGAUUCAGUGUAUUGUUAAUACCUGCAAAUUAACACAACUCCACUGAAAAAAACUAGCAGCUUUCCAAAAUGCACCAGGAAUGCGGUAUACAAAGGUGCUGUCAGACAUGCACUGUAUUUUUCUCUGAGCGUACUAUUACAAUUGUUCUUAGUGAUGUAAGGAGGAUGAUUCUAAAAGGUUCUUCUUGCAUAAUAAUAGGUGCAGUCCAGAUAUCAUGUAUGAAUUUAUUUUAACACAGAAAGAAAGCCACACCAGUCAUACCUAACCUAGAACUAUACAGAACAUCCUUAGGUACUUACAGUGCACUCUGGAAGAAGAUUUUAUCUUGAAAUAAAUACUUGCAGAACUGACUGUUCGCAGGGUUGAUACCAGCCCUUCAACCAGCCCAAAACAAAUUCCUUGUGGGCCAGGAUUCCCCAAAUGGAAAUGGGCUUUACCUAACCAACAAAUGUAAAAUUUAUCAGUACAUAACAUAACUUUCUACCAUAACAGAACAACUGAAGAGCCUAAUCCCCGUGCGUGCAUGCCAUAGAAUACAGUAGACUUCAUUCAUCACUCAAAUGCCCUUGUGGAAAUUCAGCAUUAAGGAAAAAAAUGCACUGUAUAUUAGAAUAAAAUUGCACAGAUAACUGGUAAAGGACAGGCAUUCUAGGUUACUGGUAGAAGGGUACUUCUCACAAUUCCAAACCUUGCUUUCUGACUUGCCAGCCCUGGUCUUCAAAUGAAACCAGUAAAAUGCUUAAAAGAUUCUGGUUGGUAACAUUCAUAACCUUAAUGAAUAGUAAAAACUAGGUACUGUGUCCUGUUGCUGUGUUACCAUGCACUGCCAAGCAUCCUCAUUACCUCAUUUUUCUGUUCUUCAUCACUGAUCAGCUUGAAUGAUCUUAAUUCAUCUGAGGUCAAAUCUUUAUGCAUUUGUGUUUAAAAUAGCCCUUCCACCAAGAGGCUUGCAAGCAAUUUUUUUGGCUUUGUACUUUUCCACAUACUGUACUGGGUGAGAAGGAUGCUCCAGUAAGGACCAGUGAAAUCAGAUGCUUUGCUCUCUUGGUGUUGUUCUUGCAUGUAGAAAAUUGGUUUAUGACUCUUUGGAGUCACUUAGUCCUUGUUCUGAAAAGAGGUUUCUGCUAGCUCUGCCUGGUUACUGCUUGUAAACGUCCAGGUUUAUCAGUUGGUGACCAAUUCCUUGCCCUUGAAUACAUCUACUGUGAAAUGAAGUUGCAGAUCUGCUGUCAAGAAGCAAGCCCACGUUAGCCUUUACAGAGAGCACGUUGAUCUCAAUAGCGAGAAAGGCAUCACUUUGUGCAGCGAUCUGGAUUUCUCUGGACAUAGACAAGCAAAAUGUUUGCCUAACAUUUCCAAGAGGACUGCUCAGCUGCUGCGGGAGCCGGCUUGCCUUGUCUUUGCUUCUGUUGCCACUUUGAGUAGCCCUGGUUUUAUAAAAUUUCCAUUGAUCUGCCUCACAUUUUCUUUAUUUUCAUCUCAUAGCCUACAAAACAGAGUUACUCUAAAAAAUAAAUACUCUUGUCUGACGUAGUUUUCUGGGUAGCAGAGUAAGCUAUGUGAAACUAAUACUCUGAAGUUUGCUCUGACCUUUUUUCUGUCAGUGACAACCUUCAGCGUCGCUGAAAUGUCUUCAUAUCUGGUUGCUGAACACCCCAUACUCCUCCCUUGAGUCAGUUAUCGCAAUGACAGCUCUUCUUUGAAUGGGGAGAUACAAUGAGUGUUUGCCGAUUCCUUUUUCUUCAAGAGUUUAAAACAAAAAGGAAAAAAGAGCAACAGCCUGGCAUCUUGUGCUGUUUUCUAGUUGUUCUGCUGGUAUAAUCAAAGUGAGAGUUUCAAUUAGGGAACCUUAUUUUGCAUGGGAUUUAUGACUGAAUUAAUAUAGGCAGGUAUAUUGCUUAAGGGGAAAAUUAAAUGUGACGUGGGACAUCUGGAUUAUGUAAGUGUUCAUCGUCAGGACUGCAUUGUUCCAAUAUAUUAUCAAAACUUUGUCUAAUGUUUAAGUAGUUUAGUGGUUUUCAGUUUGAUUUAUGUAUUUGCUUUUAGUUCAGUUAAAUCCGUUGGAAGUAAUUACAGUAAAACCUAUGCUAGUUCAAAUGAAGAAGAGCUGAAGGAACCCAGGAAGGCUGUACCUCUAGACAGAGACGUACAGGAUUUUUAGCCAUACAGUUCUCUUCCUUCAGUGAAUGUUCAUAUAUGCAGUUGUCCAGUUCCAUCCAUAACUGAGGAAUUGUCUGGACUAGCGGAGACUGAGCUGCCAUGCAGCACUGUGCUUAAAAGCAAUGCUUUUGACCAUCUCCAGCUGCCUCAUAGACCAGCUUUUCCUGACAGGAGAUGACCUGGCUUUUGCUGGAUUUUUCCUGCUGCUUCACAACUUGAAUACACCAAUGCAGCCAGCCUGUUGGUAAGGUCACUCGUUCUUAGGAAGCUUUAGCUAGUAAAUAAUACACUUAUGAGAUGUGUUUAUGGCAUGGAUCACGUAAGUGUGCAGCAGGAAGUCUCUCCCUUUCUACUCUGGCUUCUUACAGUUUCUAUGGCUUCAAGUUAAAGAUCCGAGUCUUUUAUCUUUAACAUGCUUGCUAGCCUGAAUGCAACACAACGGAAAGGUCACAAACAAAUAUUGAAUAAGAACCGCAGGCGGCAGGUGGGACACAAUGGCAUAAAGAUGAAGCUUGUUUGGGCAGUGUGUGGAGCUCUCCCAGGACUGCUCUGGGGCACUGCAGUGAAGGUGCAGAGAAGUGUUCGCUUCAGGUGGUGGCAGCUGCUGUUGGCUUUCUGACAGUUUCCAGUGUCAUUACCAUGUCAGCCCCUUUCUUUCUGGGUAAAGUUAUUGACGUUAUUUAUACAAAUCCGAGUGAAGAUUUCACUGACAGCCUGACCAGCCUGUGUGCCUUGCUGAGUGGAAUCUUUUUAUGUGGUGCUGCUGCUAACGCUACUCGUGUCUACCUCAUGCAGACUGCAGGACAAAGAAUUGUGAAACGUUUGAGAACAACCAUGUUCUCCUCUAUUCUGAAGCAAGAAACCGCUUUCUUUGACAAGACCAGAACAGGAGAGCUGAUAAACCGCUUAUCUUCAGAUACAGCCCUCUUGGGGCGUUCAGUGACUGAAAACCUUUCAGAUGGGCUCAGGGCAGGAGCACAGGCGUCCGUGGGGGUUGGAAUGAUGUUUUUUGUGUCACCCAGCCUCGCUGCAUUUGUUCUGAGUGUUGUGCCACCCUUGGCUGUCCUGGCUGUGAUUUAUGGAAGAUAUUUGCGAAAACUCACUAAAAUGACCCAAGAUUCUCUUGCAGAAGCAACACAGUUAGCUGAAGAGCGUAUUGGCAACAUAAGAACUGUUCGAGCUUUUGGGCAAGAAGUGGUGGAAAUGGAGAAGUAUACAAAUAAAGUUGAUUAUGUGCUACAGCUGGCUAAAAAAGAGGCACUAGCUCGGGCAGGCUUCUUCGGAGCAACUGGCCUUUCUGGAAACUUAAUUGUCCUCUCAGUCUUAUACAAAGGAGGAUUACUAAUGGGCAGUGCCUACAUGACAGUUGGUGAACUCUCAUCUUUCCUAAUGUAUGCUUUCUGGGUUGGAAUAAGCAUUGGAGGUCUAAGUUCCUUUUAUUCUGAACUAAUGAAAGGACUAGGUGCUGGUGGACGUCUAUGGGAACUUAUUGAAAGGAAGCCCCAACUUCCAUUUAAUGAGGGAAUCACGUUAGGCAAAGACACAUUCAGAGGUGCUUUGGAAUUCAAGGAUGUUGAGUUUGCAUAUCCAACACGUCCAGAAACAUCCAUUUUCAAAGAUUUUAGCCUUUCCAUUCCAGCUGGCUCUGUUAUGGCUCUGGUUGGCCCAAGUGGUACAGGGAAAUCGACUAUUGUAUCCCUUCUGCUGAGGCUGUAUGAUCCUAUCUCAGGUACUAUCACUGUUGAUGGCUUUGAUAUCCGUCAGUUAAAUCCACUGUGGUUCAGGACAAAGAUUGGAACAGUGAGUCAGGAACCGAUUCUGUUCUCCUGUUCUAUCGCUGAAAAUAUUGCCUAUGGUGCAGAGGAUCCUUCUACUGUGACUGCAGAGGAGAUUCAGAAAGUUGCUGAAAUAGCUAAUGCUGCUAGUUUUAUCAGAGAUUUUCCAAAAGGCUUUGACACUGUAGUUGGAGAAAAAGGCAUUUUGCUUUCAGGUGGACAGAAGCAACGAAUUGCAAUUGCUCGAGCUCUGCUCAAGAACCCUAAAAUUCUUCUGUUAGAUGAAGCAACAAGUGCUUUGGAUGCUGAAAAUGAAUAUCUAGUGCAAGAAGCUCUGGACCGACUGAUGGAAGGGAGGACAGUCUUAAUUAUUGCUCAUCGUCUGUCUACUAUUCAGAAUGCUGAUUUUGUUGCAGUUCUUGGCCAGGGUAAAAUUCUUGAAUGUGGAAAACAUGAGGAAUUACUUGCAAAUCCAAAUGGACUUUUCAGGAAACUAAUGCAGAAACAAGCUUUUCUUCAGAAUAGUGAUACUUUUGCAUUAGAUUUACAAUCUGGAGAAAAGGAUGUAUUAAAAGAAAAGGUAUGAGAGAAUGUAUGAAUAAUGGAAGCUUACAAACUACAAAGAAUAUAACUUAUGUUUCAGCUAUGUAAAGUAAAUGUUCUAUUUUUCCAAAAUGUACAAAAUACUCUUUUUGAAGCUUAAAUGUGUUUAAACUUUUUAUUGAAAGCUUUUUAAUAAUUAUUGCAACUUUUUAAAAUGUCUAUCACAUUGAGAUAAUUUGAGUGUAUAGUGUUUUCUGCUUUGUCUUGAGACCAUUUAGAAUCUUGUUUGCUGUAAUGUACUGUAUGAUGAUGUGCUGCAUUCUCAAGUAAGUUCAGUAUUUUAAGGGUAAUUAAAUGACAAAUCUUACCAUUUUCA